AUGGGUCAAGAGAAAGAGAUGGGAGGGAAAGGAAAGAAGAGGAGAGAGAAGAACUACCUAGCAGCUCACGGCGGACCGGCGAGACUCCCGCCGCCGCCUGAUCGUUCGAAGCAAGAUGCUCUUCCUUCCAAGCUCCGUAUUCUCAUGAACUACACCUCUCCGUCUCCCAAUGAUUCGACUAAACAAGCUGUUGAGAAGAAAGAUAAGAAUUCUAAAGCCAGAGUAGAUGCUGCGACGAAUGUCAAGCCUGGGAGUGAAACAAAACCGGAAGCAAAAGCGGUUGUUGAGGAUAUUAACGCUGAGGGAUACACAACCUCUUCGGAUCAAGAGAAUGAAGGAGAUGAUGUAACGCCGAAGAAGGGAGAUGACAAAAAGAAGAAGAAGAGAAAGAGAAAUCAAGUUCAGGACCUUCGUUUCGAGAAGGAACUUGCGGAGUUGGAUGGUCGGUCUAAAAGGAAAGAACGCAAGAAGAAGUAUUGGGAGGCCAAGAAGCAAAAGAAGAAUAAAGGAAAGACAGAGGACACUCUCCGGGAAAACUUCCCGAAGCAUGAACAGAUAAAGUUUGGCGAUGUGGUGCAAGCUCCACCGAAGCUGACUGUUCCAAAGGCACGAAAGUCUACUAUGACUGCUUCCAAGGAGAGGCAGCGAUUAGAGGCCAUCGAAGCUUACAGAUCCCGCAAUAAUUGGUCCUCAAGACCUGGUGUUCAGAUUCCUUCCGUGAUCAUGCAAUAA